UUGAAAUGCCUCUGUGAAAAAACUUCAAAUUUUCUGUGACAUCAUCUGGGGCUCAGCUAGCGUCUGCUCAAGUUUUUUCAAUUUAGUUGCUACUCGGUAAAUUAUUUUGAAUGCUAGUUCAACGGCGGUAUUUUCUAUUGGCCCCCGGCCCAGCUCCGACCAUUCAACCUUGGGCCAUUUCCGCGGAGGAGAGAGAUCCAUUUUGCCGCAGCGUGUCCGCGAAGUGCAAGAAGAACCUGUGAUAAUAGCAUUUUUUGCCUAGUCACUAAUGCUAAUCUUCGCUUGGCUUUAUUAUGUAUUCUCUUGAAGUUAAAGUUAAACUAGCGUAUUAUGAAUAUGUGCGGUGUUUGCAAAGCCAAAAUGUUUAUAAGGCCAGAAAAGCUCGUAGUAAUGAACGUAGUGAAGACUCUUAUAUAGGUCUUGGUGAUUUUUUAAAACUCCUGCAUCAAUUUGUAUAAUCGCGUAUUCAAACCAUGGAACGCAUGUACAUAUCUGAUUUGAAAAGUAGCAAUUGUUUUGAAUCCGACUUUGCUUGUGUGUCAUUGGAAGAAUUCAUGAGAUUCCCUUGAACGGGAACGGAAAGAUUUUAAUGAUGUACUCUAAUGGUAUAAAUAUUCCUCUCGGUUCCGAAGUACUUAAAUAGUUCAAUUUUCCAACAAGAACAGUUGACAUUCGAUUGAAAAUUGUAGGGUUUGAUCUAACCAAUUCAGACUGAGGUUUUUUGGGCAAAACAUUUACUAUCCCGAAUAGCAUCUCUCUCAUUUUUGUGCUUCAGUUUUAAAUUAAUUGCAUUUGCUAUUAAAUUUGGUAUCAGUUAAUGCAUUUCUGCGAAGUCAGAAUAAAUAGACCUCAGUUGAGUCAAGAUACUUCAAUCAGUAAAAUUAAAUGCCACGCCGAAGUCUUAAUCUAUCACGUUUGCAUUCAGUAAAUUACAUUUGUUUGCAAAUGCGUGAUGCUGUGUGUUGUUCUACAAUACAAAUGGUAAACUCACACUUAAUUUCUUUACUUGAUGGUCACACUUAAUUUCUUUACUUAUUAAAGCGUUUGAAAGAAGAGAUUCGUAGUAUUGUGCAAGUUUAAAGUAAAUCAGUACGUUUUUAUCCCGGGCUUUUUGAAAUGUUUGCGUGAAUGUUAUAGAUGGAAAUUUAUGUCAACGCCAAAAUAGUAUAUGUGAGAUGGCCGCGUGAACAGUUCGUGAUAUCUGAAUGAGUUCACAGAGAAGACCUGAGAGAAUGAAGAGUUCGGCCACCGAUUGCGAAGAUGGAGAGGAGGACGGACCCGUCUACCAGUUCAGACGCAUAGGCUCAGGAGCCACCUGCAAAGGGGUCAAGGACGAUUUCAAGGUCGUUACAUCCACCACCAAAAUCGGGCGACAGCUAGACGAAGUUGAUUUUUAUCUGAAUUCGACUGUGAAUAAACGCCUGAUAUCUCGACAACAUGCACAGUUGGAAAGAAUUCACGACGGAAAACAGUGGAGAUUUAUUCUCAUCGACACAAGUCUAAACGGAACUUAUGUGAAUGACGUUAAGGUAUCCGGUCAAACUGAACUUAAAGUUGGAGAUACCGUUACAUUCGGUCACACAAAUGGAAUCAACGUCAGGGAUGGAAUGGUUGCUUGGCAACCCAAUUCAGAAUUCAGAUUUGUAUUCGAGUGCGUCUACUCGCAAAGUCGUGGUUACGCCAAGAAAGCGGCGUCUCAGAAUUCUAGUGUUUCAUCUUCGGAGCAAGCUUCCGUUUUCCAGCAGCAAAGUGAGCACGCUGCUUUGGUCAAGUCUGAAAAUGCGAGUGCUCAUGUGAAGCAAGAGAACUUAUUGAAUAGUCAGCAACCAGCGUUACCUGUGAGGCAUUCGGCGAUGGAUUCUAUCAAGCAGGCGUUUUCUGAGGCAGCGGUUGACGGCGUCGCCGCUCUGGCUCCUACUGGCGCCACCACUCUGGAAGACCUGGCCAAGGGAAACGUGCCAUCGUCUGCCGCUACCACUGCCCAUUGGCUGUCAGAGAAGUACAAUCAGAAGCCACUGAACAGCCAAGCUGCAAAAGAGCACCAUUCAUCCACUCGGGCUUCGACAGCCGCACAGCAGAACAGUUCCUUAACAGAAUUACCUCUCAGCUCACCCAGUCAGAAGUCUCCCUCCAGAAUCCACCACUCAUCACGCACUCCCGUUAGAAACUCGAGUAGUCGAGCAGCAGCCAGCGAUGUCUAUGAUUUCGUAGAAACGGAUGAACAAAAACGAGAACUGAAGGUCAAAAAAUCGCCCAUGGCGUCAACAAUGGCAGCGUCAGCGGCAAACCCGGUGUUCAAUACUUUUCAUUUGCAACAACAACUGGCAAUGCAAAAUCAACAACAGCAGCAUCAACACCUAAAUGUCCCUCACUCUCAAGGUGCAAUAUCUGAUCCCAACUACGCCGGUUCCCAAACUCAUGCGCAGAUGAGUCUAGGCAGCCAGCAGAAUCAACUGCCGACCUAUGUAUCCAAGCCAGUGCCCCCAAUGACGAAUGCAGCUGCAGUCCAACAGUCACAGGAUAUUAAAGCCACAGGGAUACCUUCAUCGCACAAUGUAAACCAAAACGCACUUGCGGCGAAAUACAGCGAACAGUUGCAAAGCAAUCUGAUGUCGUCCCACAAAACACAGUCCCUUAUCAACCCCCAGAUCCCUUCAAUUGGUCCUAAUCAAGCCACGGUUGCUCCUGUGCAAAGCUCAUUGGAGCAGCCCAACGUCAAAGGAGGGAUUAUACCGCACCUGCCACAGCAAAUCCACAGUUCAAAACAGCUCACGAGUUUCCACCCAUCUUCACAAAUUAUUCCCAACACCCCCAAUAUUAGCACAGUCUCUAGCGGAGCAGCUGAGCCAGUCUAUAUUCAAAAGCCAAUGCCGAGCUCACUAAAUCAAUUCAACCACAAUUUCAAUUCACCUUCUAAUCAACAACUGCCACCGCCCAAUUCACACGUGACACACGCGUCCAAGACGCCCAUUGCUUCAGUAGUUCCCCAACAACAAGUUGCCCAGCAGCCGACCACAAAGCAAGCCACUCCAAGUGGGUCCUCCUCAGUUUUACCGAAUACGGUCAAAGUGGAACCCUUCUCAAAAGCUGAGCAGGACAAAAGACUCAACAAACCCACCCAAAAAGUAAGCCCAGUAUCCGUUGACAAAUCAAGGGCAAGAAAGGACAAAGACAGGGAAAUGUUGUCUUCCUGGAUAAACACAAGCACAGCUAACACUGGUCCGGGUAGGAAAACACUCACUUCUCUCAAUUCAGAUCUGGGCUACUUAUCUCGUCUGAAUGUAGACGAUGCAAUCCAAUCAAGUGAAGAUCCCUCGCCUACGGGACAGAAAGCGUUCUCACCUGUCAAAAUAAAACCUGAAAAGAAAUCGGAACACGUGCACAAAGCAGAGAGUCCGUACAAUUCCUCCACGAAUAAGACAGAAAAUACUAUGGAGGAAAUAAGGGCGUUAUUUUCAUCGGUCAAGAGACCAUCAGCCGCUGUGAGCAAAGAUAUGAGUAACCAGGCGAUGGCGAACCGCGAACCGAUCAAAAUUGAAAGGAAAGAUAAGGCUUCAAAGCAGCAACAUAUUCCGACAUCUGUCAAACAGCAACCACAGUCGGACAAUUCAGACGAGGAUGGGGAUAACACAGACGACGAUGAUGACGAGGAAGAAGACUCGUCGAGCUCAGAAGGAGAGGAUUCGGACGAAAACGGAAGCAGCUCCUCAUCAGACGAACACACGGAACAGGCAUCAGCCCAUCACAGUGCUUCGGCUAAGAAACAAGCGGCAAACAGCACCCCCGCUUCGUCUAAUGUGCUCGGCAGAAAUAAAGUGACGUCGUCUCAGAAAAAGCCUAAGCAUGUUCUAAAUCCACCUCCUCCCCAGGUUUCAAAAUCCCAACAUCAGUCGCAAAGUAGAAACUCGAAUUCACAAAAAGUAUCCCCUUCAGUCAGUCUGAAAGCUCAACAGAGCAGCAAAGUUGUGAAGAAAAAGGUCAAGGCAACUUCAGGUAAAAAAGCGAAAAGCGCAGCAGGAAAAGUGAACCUUGCAACUUCAAAGAAACCAAGCACGCAUAAUUCUAAAAAUGCUAAGCAAAAUAUCAAGGAAGAUAUUAGCAGCAGGAAGCGAAAACAGUCCAGCUCUACUUCUAGUUCCAGUGGCUCCGACAACGACCAAAGCGACAGCGACGAAGAGUCAGCUGAAGAACCGGAGGUGCAUGAUCAAAGAAAGAGGUCUGCACUGGCUUCGAGUAACAGCUCAGGUGGGCCUUCAAAGAAGAAAGGAGCCUCCGAAAAUUCUAGCAGUCGCAGCCGGAGCAAAAAGAAGACGCCACAUGUAUCGUUCAAAGAGCGAAACAGAGCUGCAGCUAUUGCUGCUUCUGCCGCAGUGCAAAGCAGUGGGGGAGCAAACAGCAAAAAGAACAACAGCAACAGUUCAAAGAAAGGUCCGAAGAGCUCAGCAGAAAAGAGCGCCAGUGGAGGCGGAGGACCUGGUUCGAAGUCGGGUAAAAAGGUCAUGUACUACCAGGAGGAAAUGUGCGAUUCGCCAGACUGUCUCAAACCCAGUGGGUCCACAAUUGACUGGGUCCAAUGCGACGAUUGUGAUCUCUGGUUCCACACAGUCUGUGUCGGUUGUAAUUUGGAAGUCGUGCAGAAAGUCAACGCAUCGUUCCACUGUGGGUGUGUCUGAUCGAGCAGAUGAAUGGGCGAAAAAAUCCCAUUCAGAGAAACUUUUGAAACUGAAAGAUUUGUUUAGAUUGUACAAGGACUUAAUUCAAUUCAAAUCUUCUGCAAGACAUCGUAGAAUAUGUUACGCAUUGCUUGUAAGCUAUUUCGUGACUAUUAAUUGUUUUACUAUUAGUUUCUGCGUUUUUAUCCUGUUCAGUUUCCAUUAUUUGUGAGCUUUCUAUGAAUCGAAGUGUGCAAAUAUAUUUGAAUUGAGUAUCUUCGUUUUUGAUAUAAUUUGAUUAUAGUCUAUUAUUUAAUAUGAAGCGGCACACGUCAAUUUUUUAAGAUCUAACUUGUUUUUAUUUUUCUCUUCUUUGGGUUUAUGAUUGAAAAGUAUUUCAGUCCCCUAGUCCAGCCGGAAGGGGAUGAGAGCGCCGUUUCACUGAUCCUCUUUGCUACUAUAAAUUAUAAUGUACAGCUCAAUUGCGUAGUCAUACAAUUCUUCAAGCUUGGCAAUCCUAAAAUCAUCUUUCUUCCAAUUAAUCAUGGCAAAUUUUACUUAAAAGAGAUUGCAAGCUUCAAUUUUUCAAUAUCAGCUAAAUUUAGAUUUCGUUUCACUA